AUGGACAUCCGCGACCUGUUAAUCGAUCCGCCGCCCGACAUGGUAGCAAACCAGGACGGCACACUUUCCGCAGCGGCACGACCUCCGCCCAGCGCUGGCGACCACGAGGCCGAAGCGACAGCCGGCCAACCAGCAGCGGCAGCCGAAAUCCGCUCUGCUCUCACCUCUGCGCCCACGCCUCACGAUGAUGGAUAUGCGCCGGCUCACAAGCCGACGUACGACGAGACCCCAGCACAGCCAGACUCAUCAAAUGAUGCACCUGCGGCCUCCGCGAAUGAGAUCACCUUCCAUGACUCCUCCGCCGCGGCCUCGGGCUCCGGGCCCGGCUCGUCGUCCGGCGGCGGCGCCGGCAGCAGCACCCACCCGGACUCGGACAACGCCAGCCUCAACGCGCCGUCGAGCUUCUCGGUGGGGCUGAGCAUCGACACGGACGACAGCGACGCCGACUCGGCGCUGGGGUCCGUGCGCGCGCAGUCGUCGUCCGUGUCGGCGUCGUCGUCCAUCUUCGACUUUGUCGAGGAGCACGGGCGCACGUGGCACCGGUACCACGAGGGCAAGUACUUCAUGCCCAACGACAUCCCCGAGCAGGAGCGGCUGGAGCUGCAGCACUCGAUCAGCGUGCGCCUGUUCGGCGGGCUGAGCCUGGCGCCCAUCGACCGGCCCAACCGCGUGCUGGACAUCGGGACCGGCACCGGCAUCUGGGCCAUCGAGUUCGCCAACGAGCACCCGGAGUCGGACGUCAUGGGCACGGACCUGAGCCCCAUCCAGCCCGAGUACGUGCCGCCCAACUGCCGCUUCGAGGUCGACGACGCCGAGGACGAGUGGGUCUUCAACCACCGCUUCGACUACGUCCACGCGCGCUUCAUGUGCGGCUCCUUCAGCAACUUCCCGGAGAUCUUCCGCUCGUGCCUCGACAACCUCGAGCCCGGCGGCUGGGCCGAGUUCCAGGACUACUACGUCAAGAUGCAGUGCGUCGACGACUCGCUGGCGGGCACCGCCCUCGAGCGCUGGAACGACUGCGUCCUCGAGGGCGUGCGCCGCAUGGGCAAGAACGGCCUCGCGGCGGCGCGCUUCAAGGCGCAGAUGCUCGACGCCGGGUUUGUAGACGUUGUGGAGAGGAAGUUUGCGCUGCCCGGGAACCCGUGGGCCAAGGGCGAGGACCAGAAGAUGCUGGGCAUGAUGCAGAUGGAGAACAUCCUCGACGGCCUGCACGGCUUCUCCAUCGGGCUGUUCACCAAGAUGCUGGGCAUGGCCGCCGAGGAGGUGGAGCUGAUGCUCAUGGAGGUCAGGAAGGAUCUGAGGAACACAAAGAUUCAUUUCUACUACAUUGUGUUAGCGCCCCCCCCCCCAAUAUCUUCCUUGUGUGUUCCUCUGACCCCGGGCUCCGCUUGCUGA